UUCUAUACUUUUAGUUUUGUUUACGUUUUAAGGAACGAGCACAAAUUAUUAAUUGUCUGCUUUUUUAAUAAAAGUCAAAGGCAUCUUGACGUAAUAAAAUAAAUACAUGAUGAAUACAGAUGGGGAAUCAAAUGAAGCGAAUAACUCUUUGCGUAUGUCAUUGCGGGAGAGGCCUCGUAAGCUACAUGCUGAACGUAAAUUACGAGAGCGUUGUGAUGAAUUAAAAUUUCUUGAUGAUUUCGAUCCCGAAAAAUCCAAUCGAGAGAAACGCAAACUUAAACGUAAAGGUAGUCAACAGAAUUCGCGUAGCCUCUAUGACGAGUACGGACGAAUACGUCACAAUGGUUUAGAUGUCUGUGAUUGCAUGAACGAAGAUUGUCCUGGCUGCUGGUUUGAAUGUGAAAAUUGCGGCUCUACAAAAUGCGGCUUACAAUGUCGCGUGAAUCGAAAAUUUUUCUAUGAAUCUAUUGCGUUUGACGGCAAAGAUGCUAUCAUUAAAAACAAACAUUUCCCAAAAUCGAUAUUUCUGCAUGUUGGGCUGUCUGAAAAAUAUCUUGCAAAUUUCGUUUGUUUACUCCAUUCAUAUACUUCGUAACAUGGAACACCUACUAUAAGAAAGAGUUGCUUAUUUAUAAAGGAACUUAAUUGGUAACAAUAAAUCAAAGUGGAGGACUAAGAAGCCAUUAACAUCGCAAAAAUUUCAAAAUUUUUUGUAUUUCAUUUUGCCGUCAAAUAUUAAAAUAUGUACUGGAGCUGAAAAGCUCCACUGAUGGGUAAGGUAACUCAACGCCGCUUAUUAGAGAUGAAGUCGGCCAUUGUGCGCGGUUUGGAACCGAAAAGAGUCACUUGUCACAAAAAAGGCGACGAAAAAGAACAUUUUUGGGAACCGAGAAGUCGUCAUUCAAAAGUACGCAUUCGUUUGGGACAUUCACUUUCUACGUAUGUCGCACCUUUUGGUGACCUUGCAAUGUAUUCUUGCCCGCUCGGAAAUAAAAAAUCAAAAUAAAUCGAA